CUUCUCUCUCACUCACUCACUCACUCCACUCCACUCAUUGCACUUCGAUCGCUCUACACCACCCACAUGGUCAUGCUCUGAUUUCUAUCAUGCGCCUGUCGCUGCAUCGUCCUCCUUGAUCUCGAACAGCCAUGGAUCAGGGUUCGACCACCCCUGCUGGAAUGGGCCCGCAGAAACGACCCCGCGUUUCCGAGGAGAAUCGCAAACGAGCCGUGCGAGCCUGCGAUGGUUGCCGCCGGGUCAAGGAAAAAUGCGAAGGAGGAGUUCCAUGCCGCCGGUGCUUGCGCUAUCAGCGACAAUGCGUCUUUACUCACCCCGAUCAUGCGGAGAAGGUCGCCCGUUCCUCCUCCAUCUCACUACUUGAACGGAGCACAGCCCUCAGAGGACAUGACAUUGCCGAGUCAGAGCGGGUCCGAUGCAUGGAACGCAUUCUUCAGCACUAUGUACCUAAUAUUUCCUUCGAUGUCCAUACGCUGCGGAAGAUGGCCGAAGAAUUAAAGCACAAACACAGAGGCUCUGGAACGGAGGCAUCGUCGACACAACUUGACGGCGACGACAUGGAGGAUCUGGCAAUCGACGACGAGGAUUUCACCAUUAAGGCCCUACCGGAUAAUACUACCCAAUACUCUGGAGAGUUCUCCUACCUCAACUUUUCCAUGAAGAUCCGACAAAAGAUUGACGAAUGGAUGAAGCAUGCCGGACCAGAGGCAUCCACAGAAACAGAACCCUUUGAAGAGCGAUGGCGGGCCACCCAAUUACAGUCCGGAUCAACCUUUAUCUCGACAUCCGUGACUUGUCUUCCACCCCGAUUUGUGGCAGACUUUCUGGUGCAGAUCUUCUUCAAAUAUGCUCAGACGAACAACUUCUAUGUCGAAGAAGAUUGGUUGAAGGAUAAGCUGAACAUCUGUUACACGGAUCCGUCGAGUCUCUCUUCCAAGGAUGCAGGUACCGUAUGUGCUAUUCUGAUGGUAUUGGCGGUCGGCACUCAGUUCGCGCACAUGGAAUCGGCCACACCUGUCAAUCGGCUGUCCUCGAAUUCUGCCUACGCCGACGACCACCACUUCUCGGAAGAUGACGUUGGUCUUACCUUUUACCAAUUCGCGUCCAAAUUGCUCCCGGACAUUAUUGCCACGGCUUCGGUUCGAAGCGUGCAGGCCUGCCUUCUGAUUGGAACCUACCUUUUGCCACUGGACACGUCGGGACUGUGCUAUACGUAUUUUGGCCUAGCCCUGAAAAUGGCUAUUCAAAAUGGCAUGCACCGUAAGUAUUCGGGGGAGGGAAUGUCGCCGCGUAUGGUGGAGAUUCGCAAUCGUGUCUUCUGGACUGCAUACACGAUAGAGAAGCGAGUCAGCAUCCUUCACGGGCGACCGGUAUCGCUUUCCGACGCAGAUGUGGAUGCCCCGUUUCCGACAGACUUCCCGGGCUUGACACCGUCUGGACAUGUCGCCAACGACACAAACAUGGUGACGCUCAUCAAGCUGACAUUGAAGUUGGGUCAAGUUGCGAACGAAAUAUCCAUCCUGCGGAAAUCGCGAAAGAACCAACAAUCGGAUUGCCUGGAACGUUUACUAAACCUUCGAAAGUGCUUGGUCGACUGGUGGGCUACUCUGCCAGAGGAAACCAACUGCCGGGAUCUCAACCCUUCCGGCCCUCUUUUCCGCUCGAAUGUGCAUCUCAAACUGGACUAUUGCUUGACUCGGAUCUUCCUGGGACGACCUUUCCUGUUCAGCAGCAUGAAGGCCAUCACCGUCCCAGGCGCUCCAGCCAAGACUCCCUCGGGUCUGUCUAAGAACCGCUCUACACUAGUCACGGACUGUGUGGAAGCUGCACUAGAGAUUAUUGACCUAUGUCGUCUGUUGCGGGACGAACCCGGCCUGGCCCGCGCUUCUUUCACCGAGUUCAGUUCCUGCCGUGCGGCUCUUCUCGUCAUUCUCGCUCAGAGCUUGACCAAGCGCACUGAGCGACUGCGCGAGGCCCUCGACAAAGGCAUGGCUCUCAUCAAAAUCAUGUCGAUGGGUGUUGGUUCUGCAAGGUCUGCAGUGAGUGUGAUCGAAACCCUUGAGCGGGCCAUUCGUCGCUUUGAGGAGUACAGUCAGACGCAGCCUCAAGGCACUGCUGGCAUGAUGGAGUCAGCCUACGACCGGUUCAAGAAUUGGGAGAUGCUGUGGAAGACAGGACCAAUUUCUCCCGACCCGAUCUCGUUCCCCGAACAGUACCCAUCCAAUGGCGGCGGUCUUCCACCGGUUAUGACGCCCAUGACUGGUCCACCGACGACGACUGAGCCGGCAGAAGAGGAGCUGGCCAAUCCUAGCAUCCCUGACUCGACCGAGUUCUCUGUGUCUCACCAGCUGUCAGAGAUGCCACAUUUUGGGCUGGAUCAUUUUGUCGCAAACUUGCCUCAGGAACUGGGCGAGUUUACCGCGAUCCCGUGCUUUGACACUGAGAACCAAUCCAGUUUGACUGGGGAGUUGAAGCCGGGGUCAUCCGACACACGGUGGAUGAAUUUUAUGAAUGAAUAGUUUCCCGCCAUUGGCGGGGCUUUUGUGAUUUUGACAGCGCUGCAUGCAUCGUUUGGGGUUUAUGCUUGGCGGUUGCCCUGCCAUGGAUCCGUUUUAAGAUACCUAGAUCGUGUAUAUUCCAUGUCGUCCGGACAGAUUCGUCUACAUACAUACAUACAUACAUACG